GUGACUUCAGGCCAAUGAUAUCGCCACUUGCACUCCUGGCCGGUUUGUCCAUAUAUAUAGCAAUACACACAAAAUGUUAGGCCUUGAUUGGUUAAUACUCUCUUUGCCCCUAUGAUGGCUCCCAUCCUUGGUUUACUACUCUUACUUCUUUCUGUUAAUUUAUCCAUACAUGCCGACGUGAGCAUCGACUGCGGGACGUCCGAUAUAUACACUGAUGGAAACUCCAUAGUAUGGAUGGGAGAUGAGACUCUGAUUUCCAAUGGCGAGUCCCAAGAAGUGAAGUCAGGCAAUCAGGCGAUGAGCACACUCAGGGUGUUUAAAACCAGAAACAAGAAUUGUUACCCUAUUACAGCCGCUAAGGGCUCCCAAGUUCUUGUCCGCGCAAGCUUCUUUUAUGGAAACUAUGACGGGAAGUCUGCUCCCCCAACUUUUGAUCUGCAUUUUGAUGGGAAUCAUUGGGCCACCGUUGAGACUUCAAGUGAUGUUAUUGUCUACUAUGAAGUAAUAUAUGUUGUAAAAGGUGACGCUUUAAGUGUUUGUGUUGCACAAACAAAGCCUAGUCAGUUCCCAUUUAUAUCAGCAAUCGAGGUCCGCACUUUGGGGUCUGGUAUGUAUAGCCAUGUUGAUUCGGAGUUUGCGUUGUUUUUGAAGAAGAGAGUUGCCUAUGGUUCAACUGAAUCAAUUAGGUUUCCAGAUGACGCCUAUGACAGAAUUUGGAACCCAGAAGUGGUUGACAAUGGACUAGUUACAGCAAGAAGUGAUGCACUACUAAUUGAUGUUAGUGUGGAAGACAAUCCUCCUCAAUCUGCUGUACAGAAUGCGAUUAUAAGUUCAAGCACAUCUCAGCCUAUCAAUCUAGUCACCGAUAUCUCUGUCCCUCAAGUUUCAAUCUACAUGACCAUGUACUUCACUGAAGUAACCGAGCUCGAUUCGACACAGACGAGAUCAUUUGAGUUUUACAUGGACAACAAGUCCGCGUCAAACCCCAUUCUCCCACCUUAUGGAAGUGUGAAGGAAAUGUACAUCAGUAACAUUACUGCCUCCAAGACCACUUCAUUCUCUCUGGUUUCAACAACUGAAUCAACACUACCUCCUCUUAUUAAUGCCAUGGAACUUUUUUAUAUCAGCGAUCCACUCACAGAUGGAACUAAUAGCAAAGAUGUGAAUGGACUAGUUUCCCUGCAAAAUUUAUUCACUGGAAUACAAGAUUGGAGCGGUGACCCCUGCCUUCCAUCUCCAUAUACAUGGAAUUGGGUUAACUGCAGCACCAGUGCAACUCCUCGCGUAACAGCACUGUACCUGAGUAGCUUCGAUCUCAACGGACUACUUCCAGACUUGAGUUCCAUGGAUGCUCUGGAGACAAUAGACUUGCACAAUAACAGCUUGACUGGACCUAUACCAGAUUUCCUUGGCAAACUACCUAAUCUGAAAACAUUGAACUUGGCUGAUAAUGGAUUCAGUGGACCUGUACCGUCCUCACUAUCCGGGAAUACAAAAUUGAAGUUAGUCAUAUCUGGUAAUCCAGAUUUGUGCACGUCCGGCAAGUCAUGUAAGACAACGAGCACAGGCGCGGAGACCACCUCACCAUCUUCUUUCACUGGGGGAGGCAAGAAGAAGAGUAAGCUGCCUGUAAUACUAGGAAGUUCAAUUCCAAGUGUCAUAGUUUUCUGGGCUAUCGUGGCCGUGCUAUCCAUAGCGCACCAUAGAAGAAAAACAGCAGCUUUAAAUGCAGUUGGUCCAGGUGGAACCAAUGGGCCUAAUGGCGGCACACCGCAGCAAUCACCGAUGAAUGGUCUGAUGAAUAAAAUUGGUCAAUCUGUAAUGAAUGAGAUCAAGGUCAACAUUCAAGACCAAGCAGACCAGCAGCAAGCAGGACAGCAAGAUGGGAGUAGUAACAAUUGAUUGUUUCUUGUGUUUCCUGUGGUUGCCCGAUUCUCCGUUCUCAAAAGUUGAAAAUGUAAUAAGUUUCCCAUAUGCAUUAUUCUGCUUUCCUAGCUACUGUAGACAUAUGGGUUUAAUUCCUUUAAAAUUCAUUAUCCUACUGCAAGUUGUAAAACUAUAAUUUAUAAUCCUAUUUGCAGUUUUUUCA